AGUGUAUGGUUUUUUUUCAGAACAGAGAAAAACAUCAUUUCCUGAACACCAAAGAGAUAUAGGGAAGGAGAGAUGUCAGUGAUCGUUUUGUCGAGUGAAGAUGAAGACGAUUGUUUCAUCAUAGAAAAGGAAGAGGGAGAGACUCCUGCAGCCCUUCAUCAAGUAUUUGUCCCUGAGUGCAACCCUGAUGACUUCGAGAGAGUUCCUGAACAAGCAGACGUUGAUGAUAUAGAAGCCUUUAGCGAUCAAAUCGCUAACACUAUUAUUUACUAUGGACCAGAUGAUAAAGUUGAUUUCGACCCCUUUGAAUCUGAGUUAGCACAUGGAAAUGCAGAGGGGUCUUCAACUAAACGUCUGCAAGGCAAUAAUGACUGUUCCUCAAAAGAAACACAUUGUCACGAAAAGUGUCCUGAUGCUUUGACACAGAUUGACGUAAACGUUGUAAUCUGCAACAAUGUUUCGUCAUGUGACCGUGUCAAAGAAGUAGGAGAAGAUGCGAAAAGAAAGAAAUUGAAAUUUAUUGCCGAAACAUUAUCUGCUCUAUUGCGGGAUACUGAAAAUGCAACUGCCUCUAAGCACAAAACACUUAAAAACAGUAGUAAUGUCUCUUUAACUGAAAAAUCAAUACCGUUGCCAAAUAGCGAAAUUGGCAACCAAAAUAGAAAACACAAAAAUAGCGGAUGGAAAUCUGGGUCCCGAUUAGAGAAGGUCAGUUCGAAGAAGGCUUGUGACAAAAAUGUUACCUCCAAUAAAACAAAAAAACUUGGCAUGAAACAACCUUUAACAGAUCACAAACAACCGCCUAAUGUUGAGCGUAAUUCGUUUACAAAAUACGAUAUUGGAGGAUCUGAUGGUGUGAACCAAAACAAUGAAUCCGAGAAUAACCAAGACACGAGGAAUGAACCAUGUCAAAGCCGUUUAACUAACAUUAAAAAACAGUCCAUAGCGAAUGAUACAGAAACGGAUUCUAAGAAGAAGAUACUGGGACGAAAACGUGUCCGUCCGAAAACGACUAAGAUCAAACCUAUUCAUACAGAGAACGGUGUUGUCGCUAAUGUUCCAAACAAUGGCAGGCCUCAGAAGAAACAGAAUAUGAAGUCAUCAGUAAAUAAAACCACUUCUGAAAGUGAUUCUUGUAAAGCUAUAGCCGCAAAAGCUAUAUCUUAUAACGUCUUAGACCGAUAUUUUAUAAACAGUGACAUGACUGAUUACAUUCAAAGCAUUGUUAAAUCCACCCUAAAUGAGAUGCUUGGUAAUAAUACAAAUUUGGGAAAGCAAAGGGAAUGUAUCGAGAAAGUAUGUUUAGAUAAAGUAACACAGUCAGUGGGUAACAAUAUAGAAGUCAGUGUUGACAAAGAAAUCAACAAUAAAACGGUUGACACUCCAAUCAUGCGUAAUACAUCAUCCAUAGUACAGAGCAAAAGUGAUUUGAACGAAGGGUGUCAAGAAGUGUCUGAUAAAUCAACAGAAGUGGGUAAUAAAGAAAUAUUCUUGAGUGUAGAGAAAGAAAGAACAGUAGAUCUUGCAGAAAAUAAUAUUGCUGAUGGCAUUCAAGAAUGUUACCCUAAUACCUUGUCCAACACCGAUUGUUAUCAUAAAGAUAAGAUGAAGAAAGAUUUUGUCAAGCUUUACCACAUCGUGUUUAAUGACGAGGUUGAAUACUUAUGUAUGACCAUGGGUGACUUACUUUUAUUAGCUAUGACAGAAUCAUCUAAUUGUAAAGACCGUUUGAUGAAGGCCAACAAAUUCACGUGUGAUCGCCUGAAAGAGGAGGAAGUUAGUAUUGCAAUGACAUGUUACCGAAAGAGUCUAAUCCAGUACAGAGAUGGCUUUGCAGAUCCAUUCAACAAAUUUUUGAGAGUUUUGCGUGGUGAGACAGAAUCUUCUCCUGUUCAGCAUAGAGCAUUAUUGAUUGCCUGGUUUCUGAAGCUUUUUCUCAGAGUGUCAUCGCUGUCUCCUGAAUUUUUCGACUAUCUUCAUGAUGCUAAGCUCAAUGUGAUUUCAUUGUUGUCAGUAGAAGCUCUGAAAGCGCAUUUCGUGGGAAGCGUGUUCGUCAGGAAUGAAACUGAAUUUGAAAGCGACUGUUGGUUGGUAUUAGACUUCAUGCAAGGGUGCUUCGAACCUGACAGUGGACAGAAUAGUGAUAAAUCAAUAAGUCACAAGAAUAAAGACACUGUUCCAGCAGACAAAAUCAAUUUGAACAGUGGCAAUUUGGAAAAACCUGUAUCUCCUUCAAAUCAAUUAAUAGAGCAUAGCAGUGCCGAAUCACCCAAUAAAACCUCAACCAACAAUGUGACCACAGCAAUUCAUACAAAUAAUCCUGUAAACAGCGGUUUAAACAGAUCCCAAUAUCAGUCCGUUAUACACGAUUCAUCCACCAAAAACAAUUUGGAAGAAGCAAAUACAUUACCACAGCCCGAUGCAUCGACUUUAGAUAUUUUCGGGGAUACAAGUAGUAUUUUGUCACCCCACAAGACCUCUGUUGAUAAUACACAGAGGGACUCAGUAUUACCUCCAAGUGACCCAGUGCAAAGCGGUUUCAAUGGACCCGAAUACUACUCCACCAUACAAAAUCCAUCUACCAACAAGUUCCCAGAUAAGAAUUUCUGUGCGAGACUUGAAGACCGUUAUAUACCACAAACUCACCCUGUUCAAUCCUCCAACGCUACUGGUAUAUCAACAAGUUCUUAUUCACCCACGAAGAUACCUCAACAGAGUGUUAUUGUUGAUCCAUCUAAUAGUUAUGCAAUGUCUUACCCCUCCAACAGAAGUACUGUAAACGAGCGGCUCACCGUACAAGAGGAAAAUGCGAGGUUCAGCGCAUACGCAGGGAGAAAGCGACAUCCUGGUUUUGAGAAUAAUAUACGGAAAACCCAAAGAACUGAGCAUGCGACGAUGCACUAUAAUCAAGGACAGCAAAAUCAACAAUCAUCUGUGUUCCAAAUGAGUGGAUAUCCACAUACCGGAAAUGGAAUGUCUACAAAGCAACGCAUGGGUGACAGCUGCACGCUUUCUGAGAAACGAGCCGUAGUUGGAACAUCGACUCAGCCUUGCCAAUACGAAGAUAUGUUGUAUUACCAAGCUAAGCAGUCUAUUUUAAGACAUAUGCUCAAUUCAGGUAGUGAGGAGGUUGCCCAUUCAAUAAGUAAUCCUCAGAAUCCAAAUCAGUAUCCAUUUGUACCUAAUCGAAUACAGCAGCGUAACCCGCCACGGUACCCAACACUAGUAAAUACCAAUAGAGGAAGUUAUAUGGGCCCUAACAUGGCCCCUAGGGGCGACCCUCCUCCUUAUCCAGGAACUCGUCAGGACAGAUUUGUACCACCCGAGAGAUGGCCAUACUAUCAGCAGCGUUACCGGAAUGUUAAUCCAGCUGUUUAUAACGCACCAAACCCACAGCCUCCUCGAAUUCUCGAACAAAACGUGAACUCUAAUAGUUUAACUGGUCCUCUCCUUCAUGCCCGUAGGGAGAACAUUUUGAAAAAACGAGCACCUGGAGCAUUUCCCUUUGCUACUUCGCACUCAGCACCAUCAGCACUCAAGGAACAUUGUAGUGAACAAAGACCAAAGUUACCGAAAUACAAUAUUGAUGGUCGACUAAACAGUGUUGAAACUCCACCCGAAUUUGAAGUACCACUUAAAUCUUCAAAGGAUAUUACAAGAUCAGCCACCAUAAACAACCAUAACGCUUUCAUGCCUUCACGUUACACACAUCAGUUUAACUACAACCUCAUGGUUGAGAAGUAUGGUCCACUUAAUCGGAUAAAAAAGUAAUUAAUUUUGGGAUGGUAACAUUUGUUUUUGGUGCUGUUCGUACCUGAUGUUUUUUUGAAAUGCAAGACUGACUUACGUAUGAGUUGCAAUGAUUAACUCAGUACAGUUGGGAAAGAAGAGGCCAUUUUCUGUGUCAACAAAGAUUUACACCUUUGAGUUUUCCAGAUGAAGACAGGCAGUCGUUAGCAAUUCUUUUCACAUUGUUGGAUCUAUCUGGUUUUAACUUUAAUUUGCUCUCUGGUUUUAAUUUCAAUUAGGUUUAAGUCGUUGUUAGUAUGUAGGAGAAUUGGAGUUAUUGUGAUCAUCGUGUCAACGUUUAAUGUGGUAGUUAAAAUCAUUUUAGAGAGUUGUGUUGUAUGGGGUUAUGUUUUCCCAAACAACUGAUCCGAUCUUUAAAAUGUUGUAAAUUUGAUGUGAUAUGUGUAUUAACAACUUUUUUUAUUGUU